CCCUGAGACUCCAACAACCGAAAGUGACCAACACUGACAUCAUAAAGGGCCUACUUAGAUGAAAUUGUGACCAGUUACCUGGAGGGAUAGUGGAGCUGCCUGAGUGCAGAAAAGGAAGGUCAAUCCCUGUGCCUUCUGCUCUGACCUUGCCCCUUGCCUGUCUUUAUAGGAGUCUGAAACAUAUACGUGUCCAUAUAGAUAUAUAGUCACACCACACACAACAGCUACUUCUGUAGCUCAUUCUGCAAAACUGCUGGGAUGAUGAGGCUGGCAGCUCCUACUGCAGGGCUGGGGCUGGUUCUGUUGCUGGUGGAAGCCAGGGAGACUCUGGGAGGUGCUCACUCUCUCUGCUUCAACCUCACUAUCAGAUCUCAGUCCUUACCUGGAAAGCCCUGGUGUGAAGCUCAGGGUUUCACGGAUGGAAAGCCUUUUCUUUACUGUGACUGUGAAAACUUCAAGGAGACACCUUUGGGUCUGCUGGGGGAAAUGGUCAAGGAAAGUGAAGCAUGGAAAGAAUUGUCCCAAACUCUGGAGGAAGUGGGGCAAAAGCUUAAGGCAGCCCUGUUUGUCACCAAAGUGGUGGACAGCCUGAUCAAGAUUCCCAUCAGCCUGCAGGCCAAUAUGUGCUCUCAGAGGGAAGCAGAAAAGUGCUCUGGUACAUUCUGGGAGUUCAUCGUCAGUGGACAGAGAGCCAUCCUGGACACAAUGACUAUGACCUGGGCAGACAUUGAUCCUAAAGCCAGUUGGAUCAAAAAGGUGUGGGAAGACAACCAGGACCUGACAGAAUAUUUCAAGAAGGUCUCAGCUAAAAGUUGCAAUCAGUGGUUUAAGGAAUUCUCAAAGCCUUGGGAUCAAAUGCUGGAGUUGGCAGUACCAGACAUAAACGACUACCAAAGUUCACUUUCAUAUUAUUCAUUUUCAUCGACCUCGUUGACUGCAUGCUUCAACCCGGUGAUGUACAUCUGCUGCGUCCAUAUUCACAUAUUGCCAUGAAGCAAGCAAGAAGAAACCAACGGAACUGAGAAGAGGGUAUUAGCAAAUUUAUGUAAUCUGUAAACAAUAUACUGACAACUUUUUAUCAUA